AAUUCGUUUCGGUUUGUCACCAAGGAUCUUGUUACUCUUUCUCACGAUGUUAUCAGGAACAAAAUGGUCAGAAUCAGCUCGAGUAUUCACGAUCAUUAACUCAUGUGAUCAAAAGAUCUGGCCGGCGAUAACUCCCGGAGAAAACUUCAACGGUGGAGGAUUCGAGCUCAAACCGGGCCAAUCCAUCGUAUUCAACGCACCAGUAGGCUGGUCAGGCCGAAUAUGGGGACGAACCGGUUGCAAAUUUGACUCAACCGGAACCGGAACCUGCGAAACCGGUUCAUGCGGGUCAACUCUAAAAUGUGCAGCCUCCGGAAAACCACCAGCUUCACUAGCUGAAUUCACAUUAGCCGCAUUGGAUUUCUACGACGUGAGCCUUGUCGACGGAUUUAACCUCCCGAUGUCGGUGACUCCGAUGAACGGAAAAGGAAACUGCAGCGUCGCCGGCUGCGUAGCUGAUUUGAGGCCACAUUGUCCGCAGGAGCUCGCAGUGAAAUCAAACGGGAAAGUGAUAUCGUGUAGGAGUGCUUGUGAUGUGUUUGAUAGAGAUGAGUAUUGUUGCAGAGGAGUUUAUGGGAAUCCAGUGGUGUGUCAACCAACUUAUUACUCAAAGAUCUUCAAGCAAGCUUGUCCUACUGCUUAUAGUUAUGCUUAUGAUGAUCCGACCAGUAUUAUGACUUGCACUGCCUCUGAUUACGUCAUCUCUUUCUGUUCCUCCAGUUUCAGCUUUCCAGAAGAUGCUCCGUUCACGGCGGUUCUGAGAGCCGCAGCAGAAGAGUUCAAGGUUCCUGCAGCAACCAGCGCCAUCAUCACUAAUGAUGGGAUUGGGAUCAAUCCUCAACAGAGUGCAGGAAACGUUUUUCUUAAGCACGGGUCUGAAGUCAAACUGGUCCCGCGUGAUCGAGUUGGAGCUGCGAAGAAGCCGGUGUGCACGUACCAAGAUAACAAGUUAGUACGCAGCGAUGGUUCUGGUGGGUUUAAGAAGAUGAUUGAGAAAUUGUGGCUCACACGAUUCUUAACCCUCUUGGUGUCUGCGUCAUUGAAACGCCAUUUCCGCCGUGCUAAUCUAAUCUCCUCCGUCGUCGGGAAAAAUGGCCACUGGUGGAGGAAAAGUCUCCUUCAAAGUCACUCUGACUUCGGAUCCUAAGCUUCCUUUCAAAGUUUUCAGCGUACCAGAAGGAGCUCCAUUCACGGCGGUUCUGAAAUUUGCAGCAGAAGAGUUCAAGGUUCCUCCACAAACCAGCGCCAUCAUCACUAAUGAUGGGAUUGGGAUCAAUCCUCAACAGAGUGCAGGAAACGUUUUUCUGAAGCACGGAUCUGAACUCAGACUGAUCCCGCGUGAUAGAGUUGGAGCUGCGUUUGUGAUGGAUCCAUAAAUGUUGUAAGCAUUGAGUAAAACUCAGUUCCCAUA